AUGAUCUUCCAUGAUAAGAAGCACUUCAAAUCUGUGCUGAGAGAUUAUUGCAUACAGUGUGGUUUUACCCUAGUUGUCGAGAGAUCUAGUCCUACAAGGUUCACAGCGGUUUGCAGAGACUUGAGUUGUGGGUGGAGGCUUCACUCAGGCAUAUUGCUUGAUGCACGCACUUGGGCCAUCAAGAGCAUAUCCAACUCUGAGCAUUCAUGUGCAGGGAUUGAUGAAAGGAAUCCAUUAGUAAAUGUUAUGUGGGCAUGCUCUAAGUUGAUUGAUGACAUUAGGGCAAAGGAGAACAUUUCUAGCAGGGCUCUAAAUGAACUCAUUUGGAACAGAUAUGGCGUUGUGAAGGAUACCAACAGUGGGUCUGCUGCACAUUGUUAUUGGUUUCCCGAAGAUCACCCAGAAAGACCACUUGCAUUCGGCACCAUUUUCAUCUGCUUCAAGGGUGCUCUUGAUGGAGUUCUAUCUGGUUGUAGGGUACUUAUUGGAGUAGAUGGUGCUCAUUUAAAAGGAAACUUUGGUGGUGUGUUAUUGUCGGCUGUAGCAAUUGAUGGCAACAAUGAGCUAUAUCCAUUUGCUUGGGGUAUUGUUUCUAGUGAGGACAAAAACAACCGGAAGUUUUUUGUGCACCACCUUAAGAAUGUACUACAAGGUGGUCAUACACGUGAGAAUUGGUGCAUAAUCUUCGAUAGGCAGAAGGGUAUUGAUGUAGCUUUAGAAGAACUGUUGCCUGAUGUGGACAGAAGAUGGUGUUGCAAGCAUUUGGCCAAGAAUUGGAAGGCUGCAUUCCCAGGACCUUUAAUGCUGUCACUUUUUUUCAAUGAAAACAAGACAAAUUUUGUUGAAAGUUUCAACUCAACUCUUGGUGUAGACAGAACAAGACCUGUACUUACAUUGUUAGAAGGAAUUAGAAGAAUGUGCAUGGUGAGGAUGACAACUAGGGGCCAAGCAUGUUUGGAGUGGAAGGAUGAGGAACCAUGCCCAAAUGCUAAGAAAAGACUUCAGACCGUCAGAAAAAAUGCAAGGUUUUGUAAAGCAUACAUGAGUUCACCUGGUGAGUAUGAAGUGAGUGAGGGAAAAAGCAACCUCCUUGUGUCAUUGAACAACAAGACUUGUGCUUGUGGGUUAUGGAAAAUUAGUGGUAUGCCUUGUAAGCAUGUCAUGAGAACAAUUAUUGCAGCCGAAGAAGACCCAUACAAAUACACAAGCAAUUGGUUCUCUGUAGUUGUUUACAAAAGAGCAUACAGUCACAAUAUUAAGGCAAUUCCUAAUCAAGAACAAUGGCCCGAGAUGGAUAUGCCAUUCAUUCUACCACCAGCCAUGAAAAGAGGGGUAGGGAGGCCUUCAAGAAAUCGAAGAAAAGAAGAAGGUGAACAAGAGAAGGGGAGAGGUCAAAGACAAUUAUUUGUAGUAGUUGUAAGCAAUUUGGGCACAACAAAAAGACUUGUAAAGGUGGAUUAA